ACAGUAUACUUAAAUACUGUGAUAAUGUCAAGAAAUGUACGUGUGUGUGUGUCUGUCACUUGUCAAUGCUCAAUGUCUCUAAUGUCAUUCUUAGAACUUGUAUUUACUAUACAGUAAGAAACAGCAAAUAUUAACAUUUGCCACAUAAAUAGUAAUUAUUUAAUGCCCUUGUAAUUCUAAGGAUUCUCGUAAAAAUGCAUCUUGAAACAUCGAGGAACGAUUGCAUAGUGGUAUAACCUACGUAACGUCUGACAAUAUAUGCAAAUCCAUUUCAGUUGAAGAAAGGAAAGAAUUUUAACGUAGUAUUUCGACGUCUAGUUUUUUACAUUGGUUUUUAAAGUUAAUACGAAAUGAAUUCAAUGCCUCCCACUAAACCUCCAAGAGGUAUCAAACCUACUAAAGAAACUAGUGGUUUACUGAUUUCUGUAAUUCGGGCUUUGUCGGCAAGUGAAACUAAUGAGCAACGAGAGAUAGAAAAAGCUAAGCUCGAAAAGGAAUAUAAGAAGAGUGAUCAAAGGCUUGAUGAAUUAGUGUCGUUACAUGAUCAGGAUCUUACACAAGUUAUGCAAAUAUUCAGCGCUUUAUCAGAAAAAGUGACAGCUUCUAGAGAAAAGAUUCAUGCCGUCAAGGAAAAUUUAAAUGCCUGUAAACAGCUAUUGAGGUGCAAAAGGGAAGAAUUAUUGAAUUUAUGGUUGGAAGGGAUUGAACAUAAACAUGUUCUACAUCUCUUAAAAGAUGUAACUUCUGAUUCAUGUACUAGAAUGUUACCUCUGACAGACGCAGAUUCAUUAUCAGUAUCUAAUACAUCAUACAACGCAAUAUCAGACUGAUAAUUAUUAUUAGGUAUAUUUCUAGCUAGUUGUAAAUGGAUUGUAAUUUAAUUGUUUUGUAUUUAUAUGUAAGAAAACAUGAAAUAUAAACUAUAUUCGAAUCACA